AGAGGUUUGGGGCGGACAGUCUGCCCUUUUUUAAGCUCUUACUACGCUCCUUUCUCCUCUAACUCCAGAUGCCUGUCCCUAACUAAGCUGCUUUCUUCUUAAAACUGCAAAGAACAAUGGAGCAGCCCAAUGAAAUACCCAGUGAUGCUGCUACUGCUCCUUCUGCUGCUGUUGCUCUUUCUUCUGAGGCCGCCACUUUUUUUGAUGUCAAUUCUUCCGCUGCUUCAGCUUCUUCUUCUUCCCUGCCACCCACUGACUCCACUGUGGAGCAGGAUCAGCCAGGUAACAGAUGCCGCUACAACUUGAGAGAUCGGGAGGUUAUGCAGAAAAGAAGAGCAGCAUCCAUGGAAAAAGCAUCAAAGCUGUAUAGAGGCAGGGACAGGAGAAAACAGACAAAAAGAGGCAGAAGACAAAAGAAAGGACAAAUCCAACAGCUGAAUCAUGAGACCACCACCAAUCCACAUCUGGAGCCAGACUCAAAGCCCGAUGCACUGGAGGCUGGUCCGGCACACACUAAGCCUGCACUGGCUGACCCAGUGCCUCCAGAAACUUCCCUAGCCAGCAAGGAUGUGUUCAGUGAGAUGCAUGAGAUGCAAGUGGGGCCCUUUGAAGGGGAACUGCCCGACUGGAGCCUGUACUCGAGGGGUGAAGUGGUGCUGCAACCAUCAGAAACAGAAAACCAAGAAGAUUUGAAUGCUUCUCUGGAAAGUCACCACCAAGAUAAUGAAUAGAGCACACACAGGUUUUCCAGUUCCACUAAUUUAUUUUUUGUUUUGUUUUUACUCAUGCCUGGGCAAAACAUAUAAGCACUGGAGAUCAACUUUCACUACUUUCUGCUAAGCAAUAAAUUUCAUCCUCUCAUA